GCAGUGCGCAUGCGUAAUUUAAUUGCCUAAACGUCAAGCAAAAAAUGAGCUUAGAGGUUUAUCCGGAGUCGUACGACUAUGAACAAACUCUUAUGUAUGGCAAGUUCACGAGUGAACUGCGUGACUUUGCUCGUACUGAAACGCUCAAAAUGCGAAGAGAGCGAGCUGAGCGUCGGUUAGAAGAACAAAAGCCGCAGUCAUCCAAUGGAGUGUGGAGAGCAAUCAAGAAGUUUGUGGUAACACAGAUUGGAGAAGACUGGCUUUUUCUUCUUAUCAUCGGUGUCAUAAUGGCUCUUUUAAGCUUUACAUUAGACUAUUUAAUAGAAAAAUCGCAGCAAGCACAUGUUUGGUUAUAUAAAAGUUUAACUGAAAUCGUAAUAGUUCAGUAUCUUAUAUGGAUUACGUUUCCUCUCGUUUUUAUCUCAUUUGCGGUCGGAUUCACAAAUUUAGUAUCCGUCAAUGCCAUAGGUUCUGGUAUUCCAGAAAUGAAGACUGUCUUGAGAGGCAUUCAGCUGACUCAGUAUCUAUCUGUGAGAACAUUUUUGGCUAAGACAAUUGGAUUGAUAGCAGCUUUGGGAAGUGGAAUACCUCUUGGAAAAGAAGGACCAUUCGUACAUAUUGCCAGCAUUGUUGGAGCACAACUUUCAAAGUUUUUGACUCAUUUCUCCAGCGUAUUCAAUAAUGAAGCUCACAACAAUGAGUUGCUUGCUGCUGCUGCUGCUGUUGGUGUGGCGUGUAACUUUGCAGCACCCAUUGGAGGUGUGUUGUUCAGCAUUGAAGUAACAGCCACUUACUUUGCGGUUCGAAACUAUUGGCGAGGGUUUUUUGCAGCAGUUUGUGGAGCGUUUCUAUUCCGGCUUGCUUCAGUUUUUGUAAAAGAUGAAGAGACAAUCACGGCUCUUUUUAACACUGGAUUUCGGGCUGAGUUCCCGUUUGAUGUAAAUGAAGAAGCACUAAAUUCAUUCCUAGGGGUUGUGAGUGGCUUUGGAGGGGCCUUGUUUGUGUACUUUCAUCGUCGUGUUGUUGAAAUAAGGAGAAAGUACAGGAACAAGACACGUUUCUUGGAGAAGAGUCGCUUCAUCUAUCCUUUGAUUGUUGUGUUUGUAAUAUCAACGCUUGAGUUUCCAGGAGGAUUUGGGAAGUUUAUGGCUGGAGAGCUGACACAAAAGCAAACUAUAGAUCAAUUGUUUUCAAAUUUCACUUGGUCAGCUGAAGGUGCACUUGAUAAAGCCCAAGAUAAUGUUGUCCAGUUUUGGAACAAGCCGAAUGUUUACGUCAGUCUUGUUUUAUUCACCACCAUCAAAUUUAUUACGUCUGCGAUUUCUGUGUCACUUCCUGUUCCAACCGGAGUAUUUUUUCCAGUCUUUGUUGUUGGUGCUGGAUUUGGUAGGAUAGUUGGUGAAGCAAUGACCACAUGGUUUCCUAAUGGGAUCAAAGGCUCUGGUGAAAUUAUUCCGGGUGGUUAUGCUGUUGUUGGUGCAGCUGCCAUGUCUGGUGCAGUGACACAUACGAUUUCGACGUCAGUCAUUGUGUUUGAGCUGACUGGACAGAUUACACACAUCUUACCUGUGAUGAUUGCUGUUCUGAUUGCCAAUGCCAUUGCUCAAUACUUGCAGCCAUCAUUCUACGACAGCAUAAUACAGAUCAAGCAGUUACCGUACUUGCCUGAUCUUAAGCGUGGAAGGGUGUAUGAUAUCAUGGUGAAGGAUAUUAUGAAGCAUCGACUCUUUUUUGUGACCUACACGUCAUCUUAUGCUGACCUUAAGUCAAUGCUGCACAAAUCGGACUUGCGAUCAUUUCCAAUUGUGGACUCUCCAGAUUCGAUGAUUCUAUUGGGAUCUGUUCAGAGACAGAAUUUGCAACAGUUAUUGUUUUUCCACAGAAACAAGUGGACGGCAGAGCAAGAAAAAGCUGCAGUCCAAGUGGUUUUGAAUACUCCGGAUAGUGGUCUGCGUGUGUCAUCUGCUGAUUGUCUUACUGUGCCACAAGAAGUGCCUGAUUCUCCUACAUCAUCAGGAGCUGCUUCACCCAGUUCUCCGCACAUGGUGGGAUCAUCUACCUUGAAACGACUAGGAGGACGAGUAACUUCAUUAUUGAGACGGUCCUCUUCACCAAUGCCUACUGAAGAACUAACCAAUGUUCACACAAUGAGUGGCAAGACAUUGACGGAUCAACAGAUUGAGGAAGAAGAAUGGCCUUGUGACUUCCUGCAAACACCAGUUGACUUCAGUGACUGCCAAAUAGAUGCAUCGCCCUUUCAGUUGGUUGAAAGAACAUCAUUGCACAAGGCACACAGUCUGUUUGCCUUACUGGGUCUAUCUCACUCAUAUGUGACAUCUAUUGGUCGUCUUAUCGGAGUGGUGGCCUUGAAAGAGCUAACUGAAGCAAUUGAAGGUGCACAUAAGGGCGAAUCUAGGAGACAAGAAGCCGAGCCACCAUCUCUUGCCAUAAGCGAUGCAGAUGAAACGACUGCUUCAGAGACUUUUGAGCUGCGACCAUUGAAUGGAAGUUUUGCAUAGAUAAAUCUUUUGUAGAUUGAUGGUCCCUUCCUUUACUACAAUGUUGUACAGUGCAAAAUUUCCUAAGGCUGAUGCGCACGCAACAGCAUCCUGCAUGCUGUAAAUAUUACCAGGAUUGCUGUCUUUUUGUUAGUUUGGAUAUUGAAAUAUUACUGUUUGGUUUAUAUAAUAAGAGGGUGAGAAAGUA